AUGUAUGGUGGACACAUUACAGACGAUUGGGAUAGAAGAACUAAUGCCACAUAUUUGAAAGUCUUAAUUAAACCAGAAUUAUUACAACCAAAUUUCAGUUUGGGUCCAGGAUUUAAAUCACCAGAUCCUUCAAGAUUCGAAUAUGAAUAAUAUAAGGAAUACAUUGAGAAGAAAUUACCAAUUGAAUCUCCAUAAAUGUUUGGUAUGCAUCCAAAUGCCGAAAUUGGUUACUUGACAUAAUAAUGUGAAACCUUAUUCAGUACCAUUUUGGAUGUUCAAGGAGGAUCUAGCAGUGGUGGUGGAGGUAAAAAAGAUGAUGGAGUCAUGACUUAAUUGACAUUAUUAAAAUCUACAACUCCUGCUGAUACUAAUUUAAUGGAUGUCACAGCUAAGGCAUCAGAAAAGACACCAGAUCAAAUUGUCUGUUUAUAAGAAUGUGAAAGAAUGAACAUCUUAUUAGGUGAAAUCAGAAGAUCACUUGAGGAUCUUAGACUUGGUAUGACAGGUGCUUUGAAUAUCACAGAUUAAAUGGAAGCCUUAUCUCUAUCAUUACAAUUCAAUAAAGUCCCUGCCAGUUGGGAGAAGUUUGCUUAUUUCUCAAGAAAGGGUUUGGCUGCCUGGUUCAAUGAUUUAAUUGAAAGAACAAACUAAUUAGCAGUAUGGACACAAGAGAUGGUCACCCCAAUUUCAUUGUGUAUUAGUUAUUUGUUUAAUCCCAUGUCAUUUUUGACUGCCAUUAUGUAGAAGACUGCUAGAGAACAAGGAUUACCUUUAGAUGAUAUGGUCUUGUAAACAAAUGUGACAGCAAUCAAAGGACAUGAAGAAGUUACUGUUUCGGCUGAGACUGGUGCUUAUAUUCAUGGUUUGUAUUUGGAAGGAGCUGCAUGGGAAUUGGGUGGUUAAGGAUAAGAAGGAUACUUGAUCGAAUAGAAAUAGAAGGAAUUACAUCCAAAAUUACCAGUUGUUAAUGUGAUUGCUGUGACUGCCGAGAAAAAGAAGAAGAUUGGAUAAUAUUAAUGUCCAGUUUACGUAACAUCAAUGAGAGGACCUACAUUUGUAUUUACAGCAAAUCUUAAUAUGGAAAAUGAGGAUUCAGACCCCUCCAAAUGGAUUCUCAGUGGUACUUGUCUACUGAUGAGUGAUGAUUGA